GUCACCAGCCACCAGCAUCGAAAUCAGCACCAACGGAGCGUCACGAGACGUAGCGAUCAGCAUCAGAGAAACCAGCGAGUCAUCACCAGCCGCGGACGCCGUAACCAGCGAGCCAUCACCACACGUCUCCACCACCACCAGCGGCCUUCGGACUUCCUCUGCGAUGGAGGGAGCCAGCCAGGACCGUCCGCGCAGCCUCUGGUUCGAAAAGUACCACUCCCGGCGCCGAAAGACCGUCUCUGGGUUCCCACAGCCCGUCUUCAAGAUCCUCUUCAUCGGCGACCGGUGCACGGGGAAGUCGUCUCUUGUGCGUCGGUACGCGUACGAUGAGUUCACCGGUCGGCACCACGCGACGAUCGGGGUCGACUACACGUCCCGGACCAUCGGCUGGACGGUCAACACCACCAUCAAGCUGAACCUGUGGGAUGUCAGCGGCCAGGACCACCUCUCUGAGCUGACGCGGCCCUUCUACCGGCACGCCGACGCCGCCUUCGUCGUGUUCGACAGCUCGCGGCCCAAGACGCUGCUCAGCACCGUCUCGUGGAAGGCCGACCUGGACGACAAGGUGCGUCUGCCGUGCGGCGCCAAGAUCCCCUGCGUGCUUCUGGCCAAUAAGUGCGACCUGGAGGAGAAGAGUGACAUGGUGCGGAACGCCCAGUACAUGGAGCGCUGGGUACAGCGGCAUGGCUUCCAGGGCUGGCUGGAGACCUCCGCCAAGGAGGACAUCGGCGUCAACGAGGCCUUCGAGUGUCUGCUCAUGAACCUGAUGGACGGAGCCGUCCACAGGCGCGUUGGCGACCUCGGGGAGAGCCGGUUCACCCUCGGGGAGGGGGAGGUGGCCUGCGCGUGUAUGACGGAGCGCCGGCGGCCGACCGUGGAGCCACUGGGACCGCGGGUGCACGUGGGUACCGUGUCACUGCCGACCGGAAGCAGGGCCGACUCCAUGUGCCCCUGCUGCUGGUGACCUGCGAGAGAGUCAGGAGAGGGUCAUGUAGGAGGGUCAAGGGUCAGGGUCAGGAUCAGGGAGAGAGCUGGGGAGGGAAAGGGAAGGAGAGGGUCAGGACUCGGGACAUGGCGGCCGCUAGAGUUUCCUCAGUGCACUUGGGCGCGGCCCGGAGUGUCGUGAGUCCUAGAAUGUGCGUUUUAUUCAGGGAACUAAUUGGUAUAUUCUGAUGAUUGAAAGGCUUUGGUGUCUCAUUAGUGUGUCUUUGUGUGUGCUCUUUUCGUGUCCGUAUUUAUACAUUUCCAUGGCGCGUCCGCAUAUUUUAGAAAUGCAUUAUGUAUUAUUUACCCGACAAUAUACUCGUUAAAAGCG